AUAAAGCACCUUUGUCAAAGAGUCUGUUACUAGUCCCAAGUGCCAUCUCAAUUCUAUUGACUCUGCUCUUCCAACAUUAUCAGAAGUUCUUUGCAUAUAACCUACAAGCUAUAAAAGAAGAUUUUCAGAUUUGGAGACUUGUAUGUGGGAGGACAAUAUGUCUUGAUUUGAAAGACACAUUCUGCAGCAGUCUGCUCAUUUACAACUUUAGAAUAUUUGAAAGAAGAUAUGGCAGCAGAAAAUUUUCAUCCUUUUUACUGGGUGCUUGGAUGCUCUCAGCUUUGUUUGAUCUUCUCCUAGUAGAAAUCGCGCAGUAUAUAUUUGGCAUCACCAUCAACAGUUUGCCUUCUGGUUUGUAA